AUGUCACAGCAUGCUUCACCUAUAUCAGCCUUCACCGAACUCGGUGCUACUUUUCAAGAAACUAUUACAAAUGAAAAAUUAUCUAUGGUUGUCGGUCAGCGACAUAAACCUACCAUGACGAAGAAGAGGACUUCCAAACAAGAAGACUCCGACGAAGACGACGGAUACUUGAAUGAACCGGUGGCUUAUCGUCCUUAUCCAGUUACCAAUACGAAAAUUAAAAAGACAAAGUACUCCACUUCUCUAGAUCCCAGAGGGUAUAUUCCCGUAUAUGAAUUCACUAUUAAUAACCAACCUAUUAUGUGGGAUCGAGAGAACGGAUACGUUCACUUCACGGGCAUUUGGAAAGCCCUUGGGAAUAAUAAAGCCGAUAUUGCUAGGUUAGUGGAUACCCACCCUGAUUUGGCUUCAACAAUCAAGAAGGUUAGAGGUGGAUUUCUCAAAAUCCAAGGAACCUGGAUGCCACACGAUAAAGCAUAUGAACUAUGUCGCCGAACAUGUUACGAAGUUCGUGAUGAACUCGUUUCUUUAUUUGGACCUGAUUUCCCUUCUCAAGUUUUAGAUCCGACGCAACCAGGAUAUGGUCGCCUCACACUCUCUGAUUCUGUACCAACUAAAAAACGCCAAAGGCGCAAACCGAAGGAUGUGUGUAUUGAUACCACUCCAUCUACAAAUAAGGGCAAGACUAAGACUAUCAUCAAAAUGAUGGCUUCUCCAAUCGAUGAUAAUACUAGUGAACUUGCUCACGAUAUGAUGCAUGAUACCCGUGUUAUUAAUGACCGAGUUGCUGAUCAGCAUCUUCAUAAUACGGGUUGUCAAGUUCAAGAGAAUCAUCGUCACUUAGUCAUUCUUCGUAAACAAAAACGUCCGGCUGAUGACAUACAUCUUGUUGAUUCGGAAAAUCAAUCAAUCUCUAAACGAAGAAGGCAUCAUUCUCCUGAAAAUGGUAGUCUUGGUGAUGAUGAAGAUUCUUCCUCUGAUGAUGGUCUCGCUCCUUUGGUAAUUAAUCGUCGUGGCUCGGACUCCGCUUAUUCUAGUGCUUCUCAACAUCAUGAUCAGCAUCAAUUUUCUCCUGUUGAUUCAUCUUUGCAAAAGACUCACCGUGAAAUUAUUCAUUCACCUCGUUCUUGUUCUAUUUCUCCUACCUUUACACCUUCUGUUAUUGAACCUGCCCCGAUGACUAACUUUUAUAACCCUUACCCUCCUCCAACUAUACAUCCCACAUACACUAAUCAGCCUCCAUCACCUUUGACAGAAAGUGAUCUUUAUGAAGCAAUUAAUGCUACCGUCGCUUUACAACAAUUGUCCCAAGACGAUGGCGCCCGUCCGCUGCGGAAAGAUUCAACUUGUAACGCUUGGCCUCGAAGUUUCAUUAUGGGUAAUCGUGAAUUUCAAUUUAUUGGCUGUCGAUAUCGUGUUGUUCGUUAUUGGUAA